UUUUCCAACCUGUGUUUUCAGGUUUGACACACUGUUUACUGAAGAUGGUCAUGUUUCUCAGAGGUGCUCUGCUUGGAAUUCUCCUCUUCAGUGUUCUCUGGACAGAAACUACUCUGGCUGGCUCUAGUUUUUUAAGCCCUGAAUAUAAGAAAAUACAGAAACAAAAGGAUCCAAAAAAGCCAACAACAAAAUUACACCGUCGAGGCAUGGAAGGUUUUUCAGAUACAGAUGAAGCGUGGGCAGAAGAUGACAGUAACAGUAUUGAAAUUAAGUUUAAUGUUCCCUUUGAAAUUGGUGUCAAGAUCACAGAAGACCAGUAUCAGGAAUAUGGACAAGUGCUGGAGAAGAUGCUAGGGGACAUUCUUGAAGAGAACACUAAAGAAACGCAAAUGAAAAACUGAAGCAAGCUGAAGGACAAAGGCAGCACCAACACUAUUCCACCUGCAAUGUUUUUAAGUUUUACUUUAAAAUGAAACUAUUACUGAUUUCACAACAGUAAAUAGGAAAGAUGUACAUGAGCCUGAAUAGUGUGCUCUGAUAAAAAGCACGAUGCUAACAGAUGAUCUUUUAUGGAAUACAAACAAGAAUAGCAAAGAGGAUGAUUAAUAGCAGGCUGACAUGUAGGCUUAUUUUAUCUCUUUCUUGGGAAAUAUUGUGAUUAUUCUAACUUUGAAAGCUGUAUGAAUCCAUUCUAA